AUUUUUAUCAAUAUUUAACACAAAGAAUUGUUAUUCAAUUUAAACCAAAGCAUAAAAAUCGUGAUCCAAAAGAAUUUGAAUUAGUUCUAAAUAAAAAAAUGACUUAUGAUGCUGUUGCUGAAGAAGUUGGAACUUAUCUAAAUACAGAACCAUUAAAAUUAAGGUUUACUUCAGCAACAGGCGCGCCAAAAAAUAUUAUCAAGCGAACAACAACACAGAGUUUAACAGACAUGAUACAAACCACAUAUUCUAAUAAUGGAACACCGCCUUUAUUAUAUUAUGAAAUGUUGGAUGUUAGUAUUAUAGAACUUGAAACAAAAAAAUUUUUAAAAGUCAAUUGGCUUGGAACAAAAGUUAAAGACGAGGUAUAA